AUGGAGAGAUCUUUGAAAGGCCUUGUCGAUAGAGAUAUUAUUGGUUCUAAUACUAUUUUGUGUGUGCUUGUUUGUAACACAAAGGCAUCAUCUAAGAACAACAUCACAGUCAUUAUCCUUUUGGGGUUCCAUAACACGGACAGGUUUAAUGUAUUCCUCUUCAUCGUGCUGCUUAUCAUCUACUCUGUAACAAUAUGUGGAAACUCCUUGAUCAUUAAACUGGUGUCCAUCAGCAAGAACCUUCACUCUCCCAUGUACUUCUUCCUCACUCAGCUCUCCGUAGCGGACAUCUUGCUGACCACAGAUAUUUCCUCUUUCAUGCUAAAUACUGUACUACAUCAAGGGGCCUCCAUAUCUUUUCCUGGAUGUAUCACUCAGCUUUAUUUUUUCAUUUUUAUCGAGGGAUUUGAAUGUUUUAUUCUGACGAUGAUGUCCUACGACCGCUACCUAGCCAUUUGUUCUCCUCUGCAUUAUGUCACCAUUAUGAACCAAAUGCUUUGCAUUAAAUUGGUUGUUGCCUCUUGGCUCUUAGGCUGUUUGGUUGCACUGAUUCUGAUACAUGGAAUAACUCAACUAUAUUUCUGCAGUUCAAAUAUUAUUGACCAUUUUUUUUGUGACUAUUACCCUUUGAUGGAUCUUUCUUGCUCAGAUGUGUCUAUGCGUCUGAUAGAAGCCAUCUUGAUGUGCGUUCUCGCAAUUAUCUUACCGUUUGUCAUAAUAGUAAUUUCAUAUGUGUAUAUUGUUUUAACCAUAUUAAAGAUAUCCACCAAUUCUGGAAGAAGAAAAUCCUUCUCAACUUGUAGCUCCCACCUGACAGUGGUGUCCAUAUUUUAUGGGACUCUAAUUGCCACGUACAUAAUUCCAAAGGAAGGACAGAUGAAAAUCUUCAGUAAGACACUGUCAUUGCUAUACACUGUGCUUACUCCCUUACUAAAUCCUUUCAUAUACAGUUUGAGAAAUGAAGACAUUAAGAAAGCUUUGAGAAAAGUCACAUAUAACUGAAAUGCUUCCUAUUUAAAACCUUGUAUGAAACAUUAAUGUAGCACUACCCCCGAAGAAGCUGCUGGUUUAGAUUUGGGCCUGACGUUACCUUACUGUUACAUAUGCUCGUUUCAGGGGUUGUCUUUGAAGAGUUGUCCAUAAGAAUGUACACACCAACACAAAGUCUCUUUCAAGGGUUUUAUUAACAAAGUUCUCCAACAGAGGGGUAGAGGGACAGGGAAAGACUCAGGCACUUUCGCUUUGCGGAUCACGGGUACCACUUAGAUCCAGAGGAUUAACUCAGCUCCACACUGGAUUGUAGCAACCACCAGA